CAUUGUCAUACUUAGAGGGUAGGCAUCAAUGUCAAUUAUAUGUGGCCUUCCACUCCUUGAAUGUGUUUACUGUCUGGCAUGUGCACGCUGGGCAUGGAAAAGAUGCCUCCAUACUGCUGGCCAUGACAGUGAAACAUGGGGCCAUGCAACUGCUGAAGAAUUUGAGCCUGUCCCACGACUAUGCCGCUAUAUUCUAGCUGUUUAUGAAGACGAUCUUCGGCACCCACUCUGGGAACCCCCUGGAGGCUAUGGGAUCAAUCCAGAUUGGUUGAUUCUCAGGAAAACUUAUGAAGGCACUCAAGGACGGGCUCCUUCAUAUAUAUUAUAUCUUGAUCAUGAUCAUGCUGAUAUAGUCCUUGCCAUUAGAGGUCUUAAUUUGGCAAAAGAGAGUGAUUACCAAGUGCUUUUGGAUAAUAAGCUGGGGAAAAAGAAAUUUGAUGGUGGUUAUGUUCAUAAUGGACUCUUGAAGGCUGCUGGAUGGGUUUUGGAUGCAGAGUGUGAAGUGUUGAAGGAACUGGUGGAGAAGUAUCCAAAUUAUACUUUGACGUUUGCAGGACAUUCUCUUGGGUCAGGUGUAGCAGCCAUGUUGGCGUUGGUGAUUGUACGGCAUCAGGAUAAACUGGGAAACAUUGACAGGAGGAGAAUCAGGUGCUAUGCUAUUGCACCUGCAAGGUGCAUGUCGCUGAAUUUAGCAGUCAGAUAUGCAGAUGUCAUCAAUUCUGUGGUUCUUCAGGAUGACUUCUUGCCACGAACAGCCACGCCUUUGGAAGACAUUUUCAAGUCACUUUUCUGUUUGCCAUGCCUACUAUGCCUGAGAUGCAUGAGGGACACUUGUAUACCAGAGGAGAAGAUGCUUAAAGAUCCAAGGAGGCUGUAUGCACCUGGUCGCCUCUAUCACAUUGUGGAGCGAAGACCUUUCAGAUUAGGAAGAUAUCCCCCAGUUGUGAGGACAGCAGUGCCGGUGGAUGGGAGGUUCGAGCAUAUCGUUCUUUCUUGUAAUGCCACCUCAGACCAUGCUAUAAUAUGGAUAGAAAGAGAAGCACAGAGAGCUAUGGAUUUAAUGUUGGAGAAAGAUGGAAUAAUGGAGAUCCCAGCACAGCAGAGAAUGGAACGGCAGGAGACUUUGGCUAGAGAACACAGGGAAGAGCACAAGGCUGCACUCCAAAGGGCUGUUUCAUUGUCAGUGCCCCAUGCUUUUUCACCUUUCCAAUAUGGAACUUUUGAUGAGUCCCAUGAUGGGGAGAACUCCCAUAAAUCUAGUGGCGAGUCGUCUGUUGGAUCAUCAGGGAAAAGCAAGAACAAAGAAAGCUGGAAUGAAUUGAUCGAACUUCUUUUUGACAAAGAUGAAUCUGGGCACAUCGUGCUCAAGAAAUCACAUAGGGAUGAUUGACAAUGUAAAUUAAGAGAAUAAAUGGAUAGAAGAAGUUUAUGCUUGCGAUGAACAACAUUCAUUGAUUCAUUUGUACUCGGUUUCCAUCCCAUAAUAAUCACGGGCAGUUGUGGAAACGCCGAGAGCUAAACACGUCAUUUGGAAAAUGAGCCUAGACGGGGAUAUAUAAAUAAAUAAAUAAAAUAUAUAUAUAUAUAUAUAUAUAUAUAUAACCCUUUGAAUUUGAGUUGAGUUUCAACUUCCUGUCGGUCUCUAACAAUCGCUGUUGCAUCCAUUCAUGGCUUUCCUUCGGUCAGUUCUUCUUUCUUCUGCUUUUUACCUGUUCGUUCUCCAACUUCUCUGCCGAAAGGUAAAGGAAACCCCGUCUCAUUUUUUUAAGCUAUACUUGUAUAUUUUGGAAAUGAGCAGUGGAAAUUUAUCCGUACUAAAAUGUUUGUCUUAAUUUUGAAUGAAUGAGACAAUCAAUCCAUUUCCUGUACGGGAUUGAUGAAUUAAAUGGUGUUCUUCAUCUGGGUUUUUGUUAAAAUCUCGUAUGGUCAUGCAUACGCUGACGUUUAUCCUGGAUAAUUUUUUUUUUAAUAAAUUUUGUGGAUAUCACUAUUUUAGUUGAUACUUGAUAGUAAGUACCCUUUCGUUGAAUGAUUAUCAAUUAGAAAAAAAAAAAAAGGGACAAAUUUGUGUCUCAUGAGUUUAUUGGCUGGCUGGCUUUUGGUUAUCUUUUAUAUUCUGAGUAGUUGCUUACUAUCUUUUAAUAUAUUCUUUUACAGCUUAUAUUUGAAGGAAAUUGUGCUUUCAGCAAAGCAGGUAUCUUUCUUUUUAUUUCAAUAUAUUAUAUAUGUUCUGUCGCAGCUUUAGAUAUUUAUCGUUAAGUUGCAAAGCUUGUUUUAUGUUGUUGUUUCCCGUCCAAAUUUUGGUUUGGAAUUUAACUCCUGCGGCACCUUGAAUUUAUAAUUGGUUGUUUCAUUUCAUCUUCGGAUCAAAGGAUUGAUGAGAAAGGAAAUUGGCUAAUGGAAUUUCAGUUUUUUUUUUUUAAUUAAAAAAUAA